GGGAGGGACCCGAACACGGAAGUGGCGGCAGCGCCGGCGAAGCAGGUGGGGGCGGUGACUGCGACGUCUGAGAUGAGAACCCCGCACCGAAGGGUGGGGGCUUGCAGGCAGGCAUCAGUCUUAGAGGACCUACAUGAGGUGCCGGAGUGGUUGGGUCUCCCUUCUCCAGCUUAGCGAGCACCCAGAGUGAUGGCGGUGGUGAUGGCGGCAGUUACUCGGACAGCCCCAGUUAAACUGCGCUCCGAGAGAAGAAUAGGACUUUCCUGGUGGCGCAGUGGUUGAGAGUCUGCCUGCCGAUGCAGGGGACGCGGGUUCGUGCCCCGAUCCGGGAGGAUCCCACAUGCCGCGGAGCGUCUAGGCCCGUGAGCCAUGGCCGGUGAGCCUGCGCGUCCGGAGCCUGUGCUCUGCAGCGGGAGAAGCCACAGCGAUGUAUAUUUUGGCUGAGAGGAUGCUUAGCUUUUUUGAUUCACAUCGAAACUAGCUGUGGGAAAGGAACUCAGAUUCUUGACUCCAUGGCACUAUGGAAUUAUUAGCAUAAGAUAUAUCCAGAAAGUGCCCAGAAGAAACAUUCUACCGGAAAAACUGAAAGAGCAGUAUUUAUAACACUGGAAUUUGUGGACAGUUUGUUAAAAUGGCAGAAAAUAGUGAAAGUAAUAGUAAAAAUGUAGAUGUAAGGCCCAAAACUAGUCGGAGUCGAAGUGCUGACAGAAAGGAUGGUUACGUAUGGAGUGGAAAGAAGUUAUCUUGGUCAAAAAAGAGUGAAAGUUGUUCAGAUGCUGAAACAGUGAGUGCUAUAGAGAAAACUGAAGUUCCUUUAAGGAGCCAAGAAAGGAAGCACAGCUGUUCAUCUAUCGAGUUGGAUUUAGAUCAUUCCUGUGGGCAUAGAUUUUUAGGCCGAUCUCUUAAACAGAAGCUGCAAGAUGCUGUGGGGCAGUGUUUUCCAAUAAAGAAUUGUAGUAGUCGGCACUCUUCAGGGCUUCCGUCUAAAAGAAAAAUUCAUAUCAGUGAACUCAUGUUAGAUAAGUGUCCUUUCCCACCUCGAUCAGAUUUAGCCUUUAGGUGGCAUUUUAUUAAACGACACACUGCUCCUAUAAGUCCCAAAUCAGAUGAAUGGGUAAGCACAGACUUGUCCCAGACUGAAUUGAGGGAUGGUCAACUAAAACAACGAAGAAACAUGGAAGAGGUCAACUGCUUCUCACAUACCAGUGUUCAGCCCUGUGUCAUAACCAAUAACGAUUCUUCGGGUAGAGGUGGUCCUGGGACUGGCUCUAUAAUGAACCUGGCUUCAAAUAACAGUAUAGAAGAUAGUGAUAUGGAUUCAGAUGAUGAAAUUAUAACACUUUGCACAAGUUCCAGGAAAAGAAACAAACCCAAAUGGGAAAUUGAUGAAGAAACCCUGCAACUGGAAACACCUCCUAAGUACCAUACCCAGAUUGAUUAUGUCCACUGUCUUGUACCAGACCUCCUUCAGAUCAAUAAUAAUCCAUGUUACUGGGGCGUUAUGGAUAAAUAUGCAGCUGAAGCUCUACUAGAAGGAAAACCAGAGGGUACCUUUUUACUGCGAGAUUCAGCACAGGAAGACUAUUUAUUCUCCGUUAGUUUUAGACGCUAUAGUCGUUCUCUUCAUGCUAGAAUUGAACAGUGGAAUCACAACUUUAGCUUUGAUGCACAUGAUCCUUGUGUCUUCCAUUCUCCUGACAUAACUGGGCUCCUAGAGCAUUAUAAGGACCCGAGUGCCUGUAUGUUCUUUGAACCACUUUUAUCCACUCCUUUAAUUCGGACUUUCCCCUUUCCCCUGCAGCAUAUAUGCAGAACAGUUAUUUGUAACUGUACAACUUAUGAUGGCAUUGAUGCCCUUCCAAUUCCUUCUUCCAUGAAAUUAUAUCUGAAAGAAUAUCACUAUAAAUCAAAAGUUAGAGUACUCAGGAUUGAUGCACCAGAACAGCAAUGCUAGGAAAAGGGUAGGAACACAGGAGUGAUUAUAUACAUAUUUUCAUUUAAUAUUUUAUUUUUCUUAUUAUGCCACUUUGAAUUUUUCUACAGGGGCAGUUAAAGUCCAAAAUAAACUUAUGCCCUAAAUUUUACUUCCAGAUCAGUUUAUUUUUCUUAGGAUACAAUAAUUGUUUAACAAUAAUAAUUGUUUAAUAAUUGUUACACACUAGGAGUUAAUGGAUAUUUUUGACUAGGUGUUUGGUUUUUGUUUUUACCAUGUAGAUUGUAUACUUAAUUUUUUUCUUUUCUUAACUGUAAUUUGCAUAUGAUCCAGGGAUAUUUGAAGUUUGGUAGGCAUUGCAAACACAGUUAAAUAAUCUGUAUUUCAUACUUUUCUUUAAAAGUAAUCCUGUCCUUUCUUACAUAUAAAAUGCUUUGUUAACCUAUGCCAUUGGCAUUCCUAUACAUAGGAUACAGUUUCCCCAUCAUCCUUUUCAUUUGGUUUAAAAGUCUUCAGUAAAGCUGAGUGUGUUGUAAUUUACAAUCCAUACUAAUGUAAUUGACUUCUAUAAUUUACUAAUAGGGAUGUUAAAGGUUAGCAAAAUGGCUUAAAAUCAAACUUCAUGUGUUUUAAUUUUAAAUAUUAACUGUAAAGCAGAAUUACUAAAUUUGAUUAAUCAGGUCGGUAAGAAUCAAAUGAGGACAUGAUAUUUUGGGGGUGAAUUUAUUCUUCUAUAAUGUGGCAUGGUCAUUUAUUAUUCCUUGAGUAGAUCUUUCUCUCAAACUAGGAAGAGUUACCAUCUUCAGAACAUAAGUAUUGUUCCUUUCUCACUGGAAGCUUUAAAAAUAAUGGUAACACUAUUAGUAACUAGUAGUUACUAAAGUAAUAAAGCAACUAAGGUUUUUCUGAAUUUACUUAUGAACUGUUGCUUCUGCUUAGCUCUGUUUUAGAAACUCUGAGCCUGUUAGUUUGGAGAGAUGCCACAGUUUAUAUAAACAGCCACAAAUUUCCAUUGGUAACCAAAGAGAACUAGGUAGUUUUUCAUUAUUUUGAAUUGAGCUUGAAUAAAGAUUCAAGAAGUAAACGUGGAGCUCAGUAUUCAGGGAGCUUAAUAAUGGUUUUGAUCUUCAGGUUCCAGAUAAUUAUUCCUAUUUUCAGAACUAACAUGUCUUUAGUAUGGCUUCAAAAAGGAAACAUUUUGAGAGAGACGUGGCUUAUGCCAUACUGAACAAUACUGGGCACCAGGCGUAAUAUUUUGAAUUUAACAUCCCCAGAACGGGGAAGUAUUUUUAGAAAUGUUAUAUAAUAAGAUAGAUGGAAUGAUAGCCUACUCUUCUUUUUUAAAGAAUCAGUGAAUAAUAAAUAUCCUAGACAGUUAUUCCUUCUGGUGAGUUGUCUACCCCUUUGUACAAGUUGGCAUUUUUAAUAUCAUAGUAACUGAUUUCUUGAUGCUAGUUUAGCUCUAGUAGGAAGCUGCUUCUACCUGUAUUGAAAGAAAUUUGACUUAGAUUUCCACGUUAGAAUAGAUGUUUCUUAAGCAUCAUUGCUUUUGUGUUGAAGUAGCAUUUCCCUUUCCUGCAGUUCUGCUGAUAACAUAAAGAUGGCAUUUAAAAAUAAUUGCUUUAAAAUAACUUUUUAGCAAUUAUCACAAAAUUAAAAUCUGUUACCAUUGUCUUCUAACAUAUUUUUUUCUCAGUGAUCUCAAGAUUGUCUUGGUUCCAGUGAGGGUUAGCUACUAAAAUGGCACCUCUCUUAGCAGUGAUGAGGCUCGGGAUAUCAACACCAGUGUCAGGAUAAAUAUCUCUUCUAAAGAUGAUAUUUCCCUUUUACAAAAGUGGGACAGUCUCAUACUACCUCAUCUUUAUUGUGGCGCUUUUGUAGAUCACUGAGAAGCUUAUCUUAUUUACCAAUAUAGCACUUCCUAAAUGUCCAUCUUUGGUGAAAGAAAAUUAAUAGUAUGGUAAGACUCUACCCAUAAUUAUAGUUUUUUAUCAGAAUUUGAUAUUGAGACUUUCUGUUUCUAUGAAACAAUAUUGUUUUAAAUAUUUUUCUUUUAAAAAUAACUUUUUAUCAAUACAGAAGAACCUAAGGAAUGACUAGCUAGUGAAUAUUCUGUUAAAAGGUAAUUUUAUAAAGAAAAAUAUUACAUUGUCUUUUAUAAUGGUAAAAAUUAGUAUUUAUAUGAAAAUCAAGAUCUAAGUAGCCUUUCGUAUAUUCAAACUGGUUGCUUGUGAUAUAUUUUCUCUGGCUUUCUUAUUUUUUCACCUUCAAGGUAUUGAUAGCUGUUAACAUUUUCAAAAUACUGCCAUUUAUAUAGCCUUGAAGUAGGUGAUCUAAUAAAUGAGAGCAGGAAGGAGACUCAUUUACGCUGAAACGGUUUGUAUUUUUUCCUUUGGUAUUUGCUACAGAAAAGAAAUCGGGAAAGUAGAAAUGUAAGAUUUGAGAAAGGAAUUGUUUACCAUGAAGGAAAAAGAAGAGUAAUAAUACAUUUUUUAAAGCGUGAAGGAAUUGGAAUUUAGAAAGGUUUAACCCUUUCUCAGUGACUUGUGGACACAUUUGGAAGAGCAUUCGGUAUUCAGAAACUUAACUCAUUAAAAAUGUAAUUACUGAAAUUAUGUAUAAGUAAAUGAGUAUAAGUUUUGAAAGGAACAAUGUGGGGAGAUACAAAUGUAUCAGGUUGGCCAAAAAGUUCGUUCGGGUUUUUCCGUAUAUGAAAAACCCGAACGAACUUUUUGGCCAACCCAAUAAAUUUUGUAACUAAGUUGGACAUGGUGAGCGUUUGAAAAGUGUAAAUUGCAGGGUUGAGAAAGCAUUCAGCAUGGUGGGAAUGUGUGGCCCUUAUUGGUGAGAGAGGAUGGGGCUAAAAGAAACAAGAUAAAAUAUUAAAAUUAAGACUUUAGGCAUUACCUCAGGGGAAAGCCUUGAUAGUGAAAGGGGACUACUUGAUCACUAAUAGCUAGUCUGGACCAGACACUUAAAUGUGCUUUGGGAAUCAUCCUGCCCUAACCAGGAAAUAAACUUGACUUUUCUAUUUCUCUCUGAAGCUUUCAGGAAUACCCCCAAGCCCCCCUCUCCUUUUUUAAGCUACAGCAUCUUGAUUCAUACUAUAAUUCCUGAAACAUGCUGAAUGGAUUUUUUAGGUUCCUUGAGCAUUUUUGUAUGAAGAAUCAUAUCUGAUCUUUCUAUAACCAUGCCAUUCACUUAAAUAAUUCACAGAGGGAAGGGUUUAAUUUAAAGGAAGACCUAAUAGGAAGAAGAUUAAAGGAAGCUUUUAGUCAGUCUGUGGCUAGAUUUAUUGAUUUGGUGAUCAGACCUGUGUUCCUUCCUGAAUGUCAGCUAAUGGCAAACUGUGGUCAAAAAAAUGGCUUUCAGUUAAAAGUUUUGACUUCUUAUUGUAAAUAAUAUAAAGAAUGUCUAAGUCAUUAGAAAUCCUUUUUAGAAAAGUAGAGCAAAUGUGGCAAAUAGGACUCAUAUCAUUACACAAAUUACAUUUCUUUUUAUAAGAAAAACACAAACCAUUAUCAUUUAUUCAUGAGCCAAAGCCAUUAGGAAGAUAAAUCAAGUUAUCAGCUUCCUGUCUGUCUGAAGUUUGGAUCAUUUUAUAGAUCCAUGUAAUAGAGAGCUUCCUUCCUAUGAAACAAAAGCCUUGAGACCUAACUCUUACAAAUAUACUCUUAGUUUGCAUUAAAAGUCUUUUUUGUCACUUUUAGCUAUAAUCAGAGUCAAAUAGGUUAUAUAUUGAUUUUGGUAGAGCAAAUUUAACAGGAAGUGGACUUAAUUAUAUAAUAUUCCUGGAGAUAACACAAGGGAAACAGUGUUUAAAUGUAAAAUAGAUUGUGUGUUAGGUAAUUUAAUGCCCAAAUGAAUAAAAGAUUUUAAGUCAAGCA